GCACAGCAAUUUGCGGAGACUGGCAGUCGUCGGCAAUGUGCCUUUGGAGCACAGAUGAGGGCACCGGUCUGAACGCUCUCCCAUCGUGUGAGGAGAAGCCCAGGUUUCCCCAGAUCAGAGGAAUUGGGAAUUGCUGUAUUUUACAUACCAAGAUGUGGAACAUGGGAAUAUAUGAUGGAAGAAGGCACUAGUGACACCAAGAGUUCUACUUCUCAACCAGUAUAGUGUAGCCGAUCGGUGCCAGGACUACACCCUGCAUACCACAAAAAAAGGAAGAGCUGCUGCAGCAAUGACUGAUGAGGCACCACCGCUCCUUUACCCCAUGCCAACAUCACCAUGUUAGAGGUGGGGAAUGAAACUUACACGGCGGACCUGAUCUAUAUAGUCUUAGAAGUGAUCAUUGCCAUUUUGGCCAUUCUUGGCAACGUGCUGGUGUGCUGGGCUGUGUGCAUUAACAGCAACCUACAGAACGCAACAAACUAUUUUGUGGUGUCACUGGCUGCAGCAGAUAUUGCAGUGGGUGUUCUUGCCAUCCCAUUUGCUGUCUCAAUUAGCACCGGAUUUUGUGCCACUUUCCACGCCUGCCUUUUCAUUGCGUGCUUUGUUUUGGUGCUUACACAGAGCUCCAUUUUUAGCCUUCUUGCAAUUGCCGCUGACCGCUAUAUUGCCAUACGCAUCCCACUCAGAUAUAACAGCCUGGUGACCAGUCGAAGAGCCAAUAUAAUCAUUGGGGUCUGCUGGCUGCUGUCCUUUGUUAUCGGCCUUACACCCAUGUUAGGUUGGCACAGAAAGGAUCUCGCACUGGAAAACUCAUCACGCUGUAGUCCUCCAAUGUUAGAGUGCCUGUUUGAAAAUGUUGUGACGAUGGAUUACAUGGUAUAUUAUAAUUUUUUUGCCUGUGUCUUGGUGCCUCUUCUGCUUAUGCUUGGCAUUUAUUUAAGAAUUUUCAUGGCAGCAAGGCGCCAGCUGAAGCAGACAGAGUUAAAAGUGACAUGUGGAGAGCGCUCACGGUCAACACUGCAGCGAGAAGUCCAUGCAGCCAAGUCUUUGGCCAUUAUUGUGGGUCUGUUUGCCAUCUGCUGGUUGCCUUUGCACAUCAUCAACUGCUUCACUCUCUUUUGUCAGGCCUGUUCGCGGCCUCCACUUUUAGUUAUGUACUUUGCUAUCCUAUUUUCUCAUGCUAACUCAGUGGUGAAUCCACUUAUCUAUGCCUACCGCAUACGGGAGUUCCGCCAUACCUUCCGUAAGAUAUUGCGCCAACAUGUUUUUGGUCGAGCACAAUCUUCUCGGACACACACAGCCAGUAGCAAGUCAUUAGCAUAUGGAGCCGAUGAGGUGACCAUAACCAACAGAACUAGUUACAAUGGCUGCACUGAUAUCAAUGGGGGAACAUGUAAGUUGAAAGAAUCUUGGCAUCAUAAUGGCUAUCCUUCUGCACCGAAGGCUGAACAAACAGCAACUGAAGAAUCUGAGAGCCAACAGAAGGAGAAACUGAUAAAAUCCUGAAGUUCUCUCUGAACACCUCAAGCAGCGGAUAUAAUCUGAGCAGAGGGUGAAGGGCUGCUCAAUGUGUGUGCCCUGUAGUAUGUGAAUAUUUGUUGUUUAGAAGUGUUUUGAGACAUUUUAUUUAUUAAACAGACUAGGUAAUUUUUUAUGGUUUUUACCCAUAUGCGUCUCCAUGUCCUCCUAUUGUGCCCUGUACAAGCUGCUAUUGAUUCUCAUAAAACGAUCACUUACCUGA